ACAAACUUGUGCCGGUAACUGUAAGAGAUUAUUUUGUCUGUGUACUUAGGAACAUAUAAAUAUAUUAAAAAUGUUGCGGAGCGUCUGCAAAUUGGUUCAGGCGCAAAAAGCGAAUUUUGCAACAGCUGCUUCAGCGGCACCGGCUCCCCAAACAAAACCGGAAAUUUUAUACACCGGUCUCUUCAUAAACAAUGAGUGGGUGAAGUCUUCUGAUGGGAAGACCUUCAAAACUGAAAACCCUGCCAAUGGCCAAGUUAUAGCUGAGGUCCAACAUGCCAACAAAGCAGAUGUGGACAAAGCUGUGAAGGCAGCUAGAGAUGCGUUCAAACUUGGAUCACCAUGGAGAACAAUGGACGCCUCCGAGAGGGGGGCCCUUAUCAACAAACUAGCAGAUUUGAUUGAAAGAGACAGAACCUAUUUAGCUAGCCUGGAGACGCUGGACAACGGCAAACCAUACAAGGACUCGUAUUUCGGUGAUCUGUAUGCUUCAAUAAAAAACCUACGGUACUACGCCGGGUGGGCCGACAAGAUCCACGGGAAUGUUCUGCCCGCCGACGGAAAAUACUUUGCUUACACUCGUCACGAGCCAGUGGGUGUGUGCGGUCAGAUAAUACCAUGGAACUUCCCUAUAUUGAUGGCGGCUUGGAAGCUCGGGCCAGCUCUGGCGACGGGUUGUACUGUGGUCAUGAAGCCGGCCGAGCAGACGCCGCUCACAGCUCUGUACAUCGCUCAACUAGUCAAGGAAGCAGGUUUCCCGCCCGGGGUCGUGAAUAUGUUGCCGGGCUACGGAGACACCGGGGCCGCCAUCGUGGACCACCCCGACGUGGAUAAAGUGGCCUUCACCGGUUCGACGGAGGUGGGUAAGCUGAUCCAGCGCGGCGCGGCGUCGACGAUAAAGCGCAUCACGCUGGAGCUGGGCGGCAAGUCGCCCAACAUCGUGCUCGCCGACACCGACCUGCCGCGCGCCGUGGAGGCCGCGCACAACGCGCUCUUCUACAACAUGGGACAGUGCUGCUGCGCCGGCUCUCGCACCUUCGUGGAGGACAAGAUCUACGACCAGUUCGUAGAGUUGUCGGCCGAGCGCGCCAACCGCCGCGUGGUCGGGGACCCCUUCCGGCCCGACGUGGAGCAGGGACCCCAGAUCGACAACGAGCAGCGCGACAAGAUCCUGCAGCUGAUCAGCUCCGGGUCGCGGCAGGGCGCGCGGCUGGCGGCGGGCGGCGGCGCGGCCCCCGGGCCCGGCUACUUUGUGCAGCCCACCGUCUUCUGUGACGUCACCGACGACAUGGACAUCGCUAAGACAGAGAUCUUUGGGCCGGUGCAGCAAAUCUUGAAGUUCUCCCAGUUCGACGAGGUGGUGGAGCGCGCCAACAACUCUGAGUACGGACUGGCCGCCGCUGUCUUCACUAAAGAUCUAGACAAGGCCAACUACUUCGUACAGAGGCUGCGCGCCGGCACCAUUUGGGUUAACGACUACAACGUAUUCGGGAACCAAGUGCCCUUCGGCGGCUUCAAGCAGUCCGGGCUGGGCCGCGAGAACGGGCCCUACGGACUCCGCAACUACCUCGAGGUCAAGGCCGUCGUCGUUAAACUCGCCGACAAGAACACGUGAGCGCACAACGUUCAACUAGUUAUACAGUAGAUUGGGCGGAAUCGGGACGCUUUCCAAUACCAAUACAAAUUUUCAGCGGUUUUUCUUAAGAUAAUACAAAUGAAAUUGAGAUUAAAACGGUUCCGGAGGUUAAAAUGUUCAUAUACGAUGCAUUAUUAUAGAUAGUUCAUUGAAAAAUAUACACAAAAACUUAAAAAAACUAGCUUGACCUAAUCCAGCUUGGCUUUUGGGGUGACUCGGCUUAGGGUCACGUAUAGGGACAAUAGAGUUUUUCGAUAGGGCUGGCACUGUUUAGUUGUCAGGUAGGUAUUUACCUUUAGGUAAUUAACUUUUCAAUAUCUUUAAUCAGUUACAAAAUUCUAAUGACUAAAUUAAUUAAUUUAAUAUUCAUAAACACUAACUAAAAGUCCCUUUCAAUUCGACAAAUUUAAAUCUCACAUAACCAUUGUGACAACCCAGAUUUGUCCCUAUUCUACCCCUAGUCUCUAUUCCCCCCAAUCUACGGUACGAGUCUUGUAUUAACUUAUGUUCAGUUUUUGGUAUAACUCUAAAUCUUCGGAAUAUUGAGUAGUAAUAGUAAAAAGGUAAUUUAAGGUCCAUAGAGCUCGUUAAAAUAUCGAACAGCUUGUACGGGCGUAAUGAUAAGAAUAGAUUCUGUAAAUGUUUUUUUUUUCUGUAAAAUUUAACCGAUUUUAAUGUAUACUUGUAACAAGCUCUGUUAAUGAUUUCAUAUAAAAUGUAUGUGACCGAAUACGGAACUAGUAAGUUGUUAUAAUUGAACGUUUUAAUGGAAAUAUAUUAAAACUUAGUAAUUUAAGAUGAGCAUGAUUUAGCUAUUAUAUUUAGCUGUUUUCAUAAUAAUAAAAUAAACAAACUUGUAUAUAAAAACGGAUUGUUUGUCAUGUAAAAAGUUUAUUCUUACAUUCAGAAGAGCCUAGCUCCGCAUUUAUAUUGUGCCAUUUAAGCUUACAUUAUUGGUGAAAACUUUCUAUCGAAGUCUGUGAAUAUUCGAUUUAUAUACAUCUUUAUUGUUUUUCUGUUUAAAACGUAACAUUACAAUAAUAAAAACAAUA